AUGUUCGGCUGGUUCAAGUCUUCCAACGAGUCUCAGCUCACCCAGGAGCCCACCUGGGACGCGGCCACCAUGACCAUGGAGCAGCCCUCCAACGCUGAGGCUAUGUCCUCUAACCAGGUUGUCUCUCAGCAGCCCGUGCCCGAGUCCAUGAAGAUGGAACUCCGUGGUGGCGGCGAGGGUGGUGAUAUCUGCUGUGGAAUGUGA